AGGUGAGAGGUCAAACCCUAUCCCGUCCCGAUAAUUCAGUGCAUUUUGUUUUGUGCGGUGAUGCGUUCGAGGGUGUAGGGUGAACGUGCCGCGGCUUCCACAGAUUGAUUGUCUGUUCGUCAUGAAAGCCUGAUCGUCAGAACUCGGCACUUUACUAACACCUGUAUAAGCAUUUUGCAAACGAUGCUGAUAGAUUGAAUUUCAUAAUUUGGUGGCUUGAUCAGUAAGCCAAUAAAAGGUUGCCUGCUCCCCAUACAUAGAUGUAUGAAAGCCAUGCACAAAUGUGUGUUUUGCCGCUUUACCUUCAGAUCAAAUCCAAUCGUAGUGCUAUUUUGCACUAGUUACCACCAACUAGGGUCAAUUCAACUUUGACUAGGCAAUCUAACGGGCCUCUUAGUGCUUGAUCUUUCAUACAAUAAUUUAUCUGGAACUAUCCAUGAAGUCCUUGGGAGCUUGAGAGGUUUUCUUCCCUGAAUCAUUGGGGUAUUUCUCAAUUCGACCACGAUCUUAAUCACUGGGAAUGAUGGCCUGUGUGGUGGUAUAUCUCAACUAAAAUUGCCACCUUGCUCCAACCACACCUCCGAGAAGCCACAUCAGAAACUUGCCAUGAUAGUCUCCUUUUGCAGUGCAUUUGCUUUUGUCACAUUUGUGUGCGCUCUGUCUUUGUUUUACCAUAAGAGCCGAAAAACGAAAGCAAACCUGCAAAGGUCAGUCAUCGAUGAGCAACAUAUGAGGGUUUCCUGUGCUGAAUUGGCCAGUGCAACAAAUGAUUUCUCGUCCAACGACCUCAUCAGAGAAGGGGGCUUUGGUACAGUCCACAAAGGAACAAUGAGAGGCAAUCGUCAGCAUGUAGUUGUCGCUGUUAAGGUUCUCAACCUCAUGCAACGCGGCGCAAGGCAAAGUUUUAUUGCAGAAUGCGAGACUUUAAGAUGUGUUCGACAUCGAAACCUUGUGAAGAUCUUAAAGGUCUGCUCCAGUAUUGAUUUUCAGGGCUGUGACUUCAAGGCUCUUGUAUAUGAGUUUCUACCAAAUGGGAAUUUGGACCAACGGCUGCACAAACAAAGCAUGGAAGAUGGCGAACAAAAGGCAUUAGAUCUCAUUGCAAGGCUAAGUAUUGCAAUCGAUGUGGCAGCCUCACUGGAUUAUCUACACGAAUAUAAGCCAACACCAAUUAUUCACUGUGAUCUUAAGUCAAGCAAUGUUCUCCUGGACAAUGAUAUGGUUGCUCAUGUUGGAGAUUUUGGGCUUGCGAGGUUUCUGCAUCGAGACACUGAGAAAUCAAGUGGGUGGGCAUCAAUGAGAGGAUCAAUUGGCUAUGCAGCUCCAGUUUUGUUGGUUUCAGAUUAUGGGCUGGGCAACGAAGUCACCACCCAUGGCGAUGUGUAUAGCUAUGGAAUUUUGUUGCUGGAGAUGUUCACAGGAAAAGGCCAACUGAUAGUGAGUUUGGAGAAGCCAGACAGACUGAGUACUAUUGCGGACAAAAGGCUACUAACAGAAACAAAAGAUGGCGAAGCAACAGGCAGCUUGAACUCCAGCAGCAGUAGAGAUAUGAGAAUUGCUAGCGUCACUUGCAUUCUUGAUGUUGGGAUUUGCUGUUCAGAGGAGAUGCCAACAGAUCGUCUGCCAAUUGGAGAAGCUCUGAAAAAUUUGCAAACAAUUAAGGACAAGUUUCUCAAGCACCUCUGCAGUGAAGGAGCAUCAUAAGGCCGCUGAAGUUGCUUCGGGUAAAAAAAA